CGCAGCCAAUCAGCUGGGACCAUAUGCCAACAUGGCGUCUGCCUUUCGGUGGAAAUGUGUAGCGCUCCUCAUUUGUACUUGUUUGCUUCAUUCUUUAGCGGCUGACAGUAAAGAUAAACCUAAGAAAAAGAAGGACAUAAGAGAUUACAAUGAUGCAGAUAUGGCUCGUCUUCUUGAGCAGUGGGAGAAAGAUGAUGACAUUGAGGAGGGUGAUCUUCCAGAGCACCGGCGAGCUCCUCCUCCUAUUGACUUUUCCAAGGUUGACCAGUCCAAACCUGAGGAUCUGCUGAAAAUGUCCAAGAAGGGUCGCACGCUGAUGGUCUUUGCUACAGUGUCAGGGGAACCCACUGAGAAGGAGACGGAGGAGAUCACAGGCUUGUGGCAGGGCAGCCUCUUCAAUGCAAACUAUGACAUCCAAAGGUUUGUGGUGGGGUCCAAUAGGGUGAUAUUCAUGUUGCGAGAUGGCAGCUUAGCCUGGGAAGUCAAAGAUUUCCUGCUGACCCAGGAGCGCUGCUUGGACGUCACGGUUGAAGGACAGGUCUUCCCUGGGAAGGCUGCCAAGAAAGACAACGGCAAGCAGGGGGAUGAAGUGACCGCCAAGAAGAAGAGCAAAAAGAAGACGGAGAGCACCAAGCUAGAUUUGGAAGGGCCGCUGUGAGGAUUUGUUCCCCCCUGUAAUUUGGGCUAGGAAGGAAGCGACCUGUUCAAAUUUGCCACACUACCUGAACAGACCCCCAGGAAGACAGAAAAGAAGGCAGUUGAUGUCCAGGACUCACCCUUCUCAAAAUGGGAGGAGGGCACAAAUUCUUACGGGUUGACAUUUUUAUAGAGUUCCUGUUACAAUUCUUAUCCCCCUUCCCCACCAACUGUCACUUUGCUUGGGACAAAAGGAGCCUUCAGAACUGAAACUUCUUCUUAAUCAUUCAUUCAAAUAAAUGAAUUUAUUCAAAUCA